GACCCAUAUACACUCCUUCAUAAAUUGCCAUAACUGAGUACAGUACAAGUCCCCGUAGGCGAAAGGGCCAGUGGUCGUGAGUGCGCGGGGCGGGACACAUUGCUUGCGCCGCAUCCCCCCCUUCACACGUUAGGUUAUGGCGGAUAUGCUCAAUGCGACGACAACAUACCAUUUACCGCCCCUGCCCGACUACACCCUCCAACCUCUCCCGCCUCUCAUCCCCGGCAUACCAGACCUCUACCUCGCCCUUGGACUACCCUUGAUCGCAUACUGGGCUGUAUCCUUGCUCUUCCACUGCAUCGACGAAUGGGACUUCUUCCCGCAGUACCGACUACACACCCCGGCGGAAGUGCUGAAGCGCAAUCAUGCCACGAGAUGGGACGUACUGCGAGACGUGCUCAUACAGCAGGCCAUUCAGACAGCGAUGGGCCUUUCCAUGGCGCUCAUCGAUGCACCGCAGAUGUGCGGAAAGGCCGAUUAUGAUGUCGCAGUCUGGGCGCAAAGGAUACGACUGGCGCAGCGAGCGAUUCCCAUCACCUUGUCCUUGAUGGGUAUCGAUGUCACCGCGCUCGCGAGCAGUCUCAUCACCGCCCGGCCUCUCCUCGCCCGCGCCAUCUCCGGCGGCACCUAUCCCACUCUCACCCAACAAUUCAUCGUUCAAGGCCAACCCACGAUCGCCCCGGCCUUUGCCUCUUGGGAACUUUUCACCGCAAAAGCCCUCUACCACCUCGCCAUCCCCGGCAUGCAGUUCUUGCUGGCCAUCUGCAUCCUUGACACUUGGCAAUACUUCCUCCAUCGCCUCAUGCACACAUCCCGCUAUCUUUACAACGCCUUCCACUCCCGCCAUCACCGCCUAUACGUACCCUACGCCUACGGUGCGCUGUACAACCACCCCUUCGAAGGCUUCUUGCUCGACACCCUUGGCACCUGCAUCGCCUAUUUAGUCUCCGGCAUGACCGUGCGACAGUCCAUGUGGUUCUUCACCAUGACUACCAUCAAGACCGUCGACGACCAUUGCGGGUAUGUCUUCCCGUGGGAUCCGCUGCAGAAAUUGACGAGCAACAAUGCGGGAUACCAUGAUGUGCAUCAUCAGAGUUGGGGGAUCAAAACGAACUUCAGUCAGCCCUACUUCACCUUUUGGGAUGAGCUGCUGGGGACGAAGUGGACGGGCGGCGAUGUGAGUGCGAGGUAUGAGAAGGCUAGGCUGGCGGCGCAGAAGAAAGUGGACGCGGAUGCGAAGCCGAUUACCGCGAGUAGAGUGGAGGAGAGCGCACGAUCCCCUGAUGCACUGUACGCGGGUGAGACGGAGGCGGCGAGCUCGACGGCUCGCUCUGCGCAAACGGUCGGCGAGCCGCGCAUACCUGCUGGAAAAGCUUCGCAGCAGGCCGUAGGAUCGCGACAGCAAAUCCUGGACGACCGACAAGGCGGUGGUGUCUCUGUGCUUGCGGAGGAGGCAGCGGAGGAGGCGAAGGCGCAAAUGAGCGUUCGUCGCAGUCCGAGGAAACGAACGACAAGUUCUGGCCUAAAAGGACUGGCAGAUAGAGUGGGCGAGUCGCUACAAGGGAAGAGCUCGGGAGUGUUGGGUUUGGAUUGUACUAACGCGAGGCGGUGACGCGCCGUCUUGACGCCUAAUGUAUUUCCUCUUCUCUUGUACGAUAGAUUUGGAAGUGUAAACUAUAUUGCCUCGAUGGCGUCUACCUCGGACGGGCCUUCUUGGUCUGGUCGCCGUAAAUCUAGCCAACAUUGCGCAGUCGGCCAACGCGAUCCUCCGAAGAAACACUCUUGCGGUGAAGCGCACCUCUCAGCGUGCGGUAGCUGCGUCCACCUCGCUCCAGUCGGCGUCUACGUGUGACACUUCGGAGACGGCAUCGAAUCGAGUCCCUGCAUUGAUACAGCCCGGCUCACCACGCGUCACCUUCGCGGCUCGAUGCGCGUCGAGGUCCAUCUCCCCGAUUCUCCGCUUCUGCUCGAGCUCCAUCUCGUUCAGGCGACGCUGGUGCUCCUGCUUCACCUCCCACGCGCGUUCGGCCCGUUCUCCCU